AUGCAUCUGUCUCAGAUUGUGCUCUAUCUUAGUUUGCUGAUUGCUUUGGGUCCAGUAGUUUUGAGUGACCAAGAAACGCACCAGCAGCCCUCCGCCACCAGCCCAGAGGACACUGAGCAGUGCGCUACCUGCGAGGUCCGGCAGCAGAUCAAAACCAUGCGAUUAAACGCGAUUAAAUCUCAGAUUCUGAGCAAACUGCGAAUGAAAGAAGCUCCGAACAUCAGCCGAGAUAUAGUGAAGCAGCUCCUGCCCAAAGCGCCGCCGCUGCAGCAGCUCCUCGACCAGUACGACGUGCUGGGAGAUGACAACAAGGAUGUAGUCAUGGAGGACGACGAUGAGCAUGCCACCACGGAGACAAUAGUGAUGAUGGCCACUGAACCUGAGUCCGUCGUCCAGGUGGAUGGGGAACCAAAGUGCUGCUUUUUCUCUUUCACUCAGAAGUUUCAAGCCAGUCGCAUAAUGCGGGCGCAGCUCUGGGUGCAUUUGCGCCCGGCGGACGAAGCGACCACAGUGUUCCUGCAGAUCUCCCGCCUGAUGCCGGUCACAGACGGGAACAGGCACAUACGGAUCCGUUCCCUGAAGAUCGACGUCAACUCCGGGGUCAGCUCUUGGCAAAGUAUAGACGUCAAGCAAGUGUUGACCGUGUGGCUGCGGCAGCCGGAGACCAAUUGGGGCAUCGAGAUUAACGCCUUCGAUUCGAGGGGAAAUGACUUGGCCGUGACCUCCGCAGAGCCCGGGGAGGAAGGACUGCAACCAUUCAUGGAGGUGAAGAUCUCAGAGGGCCCCAAGCGAGCCAGGAGAGACACGGGGCUGGACUGUGACGAGAACUCGCCAGAGUCCCGGUGCUGCCGUUACCCGCUCACAGUUGACUUUGAAGACUUUGGCUGGGAUUGGAUUAUUGCCCCAAAGCGCUACAAGGCCAACUAUUGCUCUGGGGAGUGUGAGUACAUGCACUUGCAGAAGUACCCGCACACCCACCUGGUGAACAAGGCCAACCCCAGAGGGACUGCAGGCCCCUGCUGUACCCCCACCAAGAUGUCGCCUAUCAACAUGCUCUACUUUAACCGCAAGGAGCAGAUCAUCUACGGCAAGAUCCCCUCCAUGGUGGUGGACCGUUGUGGAUGCUCUUGA